AUGUCCCCUUCGCUCGUUUUUCCACCGCGAAUAGGCUCUUAUACAUGCCGGUCAUGUAUGAUCCGUCUAUCAAGAGAUAGUGCGAGGAGGUGGCAUAGUUCCAUCUCCGCAAAGGGCUUCAAGGGAAGGAAAACAAAAGUCGAACUCCCGGAUACACCAGCUAGGACGCGAUUCGCGCCCUCCCCGACUGGCUAUCUGCAUCUUGGAUCGUUACGAACCGCGCUUUUCAACUACCUCCUCGCGAAACGGACUGGCGGCCAAUUCCUUCUCCGAAUAGAAGACACCGAUACGAAGAGAACCGUACCGGACGCCGAGGAGCGAUUAUAUAAGGACCUGCGAUGGGCAGGGCUACAGUGGGAUGAGGGUCCUGAAGUAGGCGGACCAUACGGGCCCUACAGACAAUCGGAAAGGAGCGAGCUGUACCGCGAGCAUGCAGGGAAACUGCUAGAAAACGGCCAUGCAUAUCGAUGUUUUUGCUCGAGCGAGCGGCUCAACGCACUGGCGGAACAGCGACACAGGCUCGGCCUCGCGACGGACUAUGACCGCACAUGCGAAAGUAUACCGAACGAGGAGUCCGAAUCCCGCGCGGCGGCCGGCGAGAAAUUCGUUGUGCGAUUACGAGUCCCGGACCAGUAUCCCUCUUACGAAGACCUCAUCUACGGGACCUUCAGACCUCUCAUGAAAAGGAGAGGCGAGAAUGCUUUCGAAGAUCCCAUUCUGCUCAAGAGCGACGGCCUCCCCACAUACCACCUAGCCAACGUAGUAGACGACCACCACAUGAAAGUCACCCACGUAAUCCGGGGUUCUGAAUGGAUGCCCUCCACACCAAAGCACAUCGCACUCUAUAACGCCUUCGGCUGGAAAACCCCACAAUUCGCCCACGUCGGCCUCCUCGUCGACGAAAACGGCAACAAGCUCAGCAAGCGCAACUUCGACACCGACAUCUCCGCCUUCAAGGAAAUGGAAAUCUUCCCCGAGACCCUGACCAACUUUGCCGCGCUGCUGGGCUGGAGCCACAGCGAGAAAAGCGACGUCAUGGACCUGCAGAAACUGAUCGACAAGUUUACGCUCAAAUUCACAAAGGGGAAUACGACGGUCACGUUUGGGAAACUGUAUUUCCUGCAGAGGAAGCAUGCGCUGGAGCGCGCGAAGGCGGGUGGUAAGGGAUUGCAGGAGAUUGUGCAAUCGGUGCUUCGCUUCGUUCAGGAUCCGGAAGGUCCGUAUGCGGGCUGGAAACCUUCGGAUGGGUCGAGUCCCGCUCAACUCAUCGAGCGGCUCGUCGUCGCCGACGCGGAAAACUAUACGAAUGCGAAUGAAUUCGUCUACCGGCAUUCCUAUGUUUUCGUUCCGCCUCGCAAUAAACCCGCCGCGGACGGAGACAUUGCGGAACGUGUGAAGAGUCUUGCGAAUGUGCAGGACUGGACGAAGGAUAAUCUGAUGCAGAAAGUUCAUGAGAUCAUUGAUGGGAGACCUGAGGGACGGAGUGGUGCUAAAGAGGUGUAUCACUAUCUCAGGAUCGCGCUGACGGGGAGUGAACAGGGGAUGAGGCUGUAUGAUAUUAUGGGGAUACUGGGGAGGGAGGAGUGCCUCAAGAGGUUGGGAGUGGAGGGCAAAUAG